CAGACACUUAACUGGCAACACAAAGGAAAGUAACUAUAUAUGCUGUCGUCACUGAGGUCAACCAUUCUGAAGGAAAAUGGCGACCGCCUAUGAGAGAUACAAUUUGCACACGACCCCUGAAAAGUUCUUCAUUGAGGCCUGUGAUGAAGGAGCUGAUGCUGUCCUAGUCAUUGACCGGGUUUCAAACGAGAUGACCCUCACAGGUAGAAAUGAUAUUCCUCCCUCUGCUGUCACCAGACCUAUUUGUGGGAUCAUGGGAACUAUUCGUCUGGUUGCAGGGAUGUACCUGAUUGUCAUCACCAGGAAGAGGAAUGUGGGCAACCUCCUUGGCCAUGCUGUGUGGAAGGCUGUGGACUUUGAUGUGAUAUCCUAUAAGAAGACGGUGCUACAUCUCUCAGAGAUACAGUCUCAGGAGAAUAAGACCUUCCUGGCUAUGAUUAACAAUGUGCUGAAUACAGAUGGUUUCUACUUCUGCACUGACUUUGACCUAACACACACACUGCAGCGAUUGGCCAACACCAGUCCUGACUUCCAGGAGAUGAGUCUGCUGGAGAGGGCAGAUCAGAGAUUUGUCUGGAAUGGGAACCUUUUAAGAGAACUUGCUGGGCAGCCUGAGCUUCACAGAUUCGCACUACCUGUUAUUCAUGGAUUCAUUGUCAUGAAGCCAUGCCGUAUAAAUGGGAAGAUCUUUGAGUGGAUCCUCAUCUCCAGGAGAAGCUGUUUCCGGGCUGGUGUGAGAUACUAUGUUAGAGGUAUUGAUUCUGAAGGCCACGCUGCUAACUUUGUGGAGACUGAGCAGAUAGUCCUGUAUGAGGGAGCAAAGGCUUCCUUUGUACAGACACGAGGCUCUAUGCCGUUUUACUGGAGCCAGAGGCCCAAUUUGAAGUACAAGCCUAAACCUGUCAUCAGCAAAACCAUGAAUCAUAUGGAUGGUUUCCAGAGGCACUUUGACUCUCAACUACUCAUCUAUGGAAAACAAACUGUUCUGAACCUGGUGAAUCAAAAAGGGUCAGAGAAGCCACUGGAAGAGGAGUUUGCCAAGAUGUCGUCUGGUCUUAACAACGGUAUGCUCAAGAGAAUGGGAGUUCUGAAUGUGGGUCAGCGCAUUGAAGAGCAGGCUGAGUUUGAAAAAGUCUACAAAAACGCUUGGGCUGACAAUGCCAAUGCAUGCGCUGUGCAGUAUGCUGGUACUGGAGCUUUAAAAACAGACUUUACGAGGACAGGGAAGAGGACCAGGUGGGGACUGCUGAUGGAUGGUUGGAACUCCAUGAUUCGCUACUACAAAAACAACUUUUCAGAUGGAUUCAGACAGGAUGCUAUUGACCUUUUCCUGGGUAACUUUGCUGUUGAUGAGUCAGAGGGACCCACUCCUCUUCGUAUUAAGAAGGACUGGAAGUUCCUAACACUUCCCAUUGUCAUGCUAGUUGCAUUCUCCAUGUGCAUCGUUUCUCUUCUUCUGGCUGGUGACACAUGGACAGAGACCCUUGCUUAUGUAAUGUUCUGGGGGAGCGCCAGUGCAAUCACAGCCACUGUCAUCCUGUUUAACGGACAAGAUUUUGUCGAUGCCCCGAAGUUAGUUCACAAGGAAAAGAUGGACUAAGUGUAUAUGUGAGUGUGAGGGGGGUGAGACUUAGUCAAAUAGGUGCUCCAGUACUUCAUCUUCACUGAUCUGAUGUAAACUCAUCUGGUGUCUGUGUGGUUUCUAAUGUUUGUUGAUGACAAAGUCAACCUUUUUCAAAUAUGUACAUUUAUGUACCUAUAUUAAUCAUUAUUAGUCAUUCCAUAUUCUUGUUUCACUAGAUUGUUUUGUUUGUCUUGGUUUUGUCCUUUGAUAAAAACAAAUAAUUCUUGUAAUUCAUUACUGUUUCAUUCCUUUUGGGUAGGAUUUUCUGUUGAAAUGCUACAAACCUUUUACUGGGAUAUCAUGUUGUCAACCCUGAAUUGUCACCCCCAAGGUGUGGGACUCAAACAUGAAGAUAUUUAAAUGUAUUUGCUGUACUUAAUUUAGAACACUAUAUAAAGUAUGCACACAGAGUUUUGAAUGUAACAUUUACUAAAUUGUGUGUGAAAUAUAAAUAUGUGGUCCUAUUACAAUGAGUAAAAGUCUUCCCAUGACGUUUCAUUUAGAGAACAUCUGAUAUUGUCAAAGGCCUCACUACCAUCUUAAUUUGCAUAGGCAUAAACUGUGCUGCCUGCAUAAAACUGAGGUUAUUCAUAUAUAUUUUAAAUGUUGCUUUCUUGUGAUAUUAAGAUAAAGUAUUCCUGUCUUCCUAUUUUUUUAUGAAUACAUAUAUGAAACAUGAAGUAAACUGAGCAGUUAUAGUGUAAAAAGAGGCAUAAUAGA